GCGGCGGGAGCGGGGCUGGCCGUGCUCCAUGGCACCGGCGGCGUCGGUCUGAUCAGCGGCGGGCAGCGGCGGGCGGAUCGGGCCGCGGAUCCUCCUCGCCAUGGGGGACGUGCUGUCCACGCACCUGGACGACGCUCGGCGCCAGCACAUCGCAGAGAAAACAGAGAAGAUUCUGAGGGAGUUCCUGCAUUUCUACGAGGACCAGUAUGGCGUCGCACUCUUCAACAGCAUGCGCCAUGAGAUUGAGGGCACCGGGCUGCCUCAGGCACAGCUGCUUUGGCGCAAGGUACCCCUGGAUGAGCGCAUCAUCUUCUCGGGGAACCUCUUCCAGUACCAGGAGGACAACAAGAAGUGGAGGAACCGCUUCAGCCUGGUGCCCCACAACUACGGGCUGGUGCUAUAUGAGAACAAAGUGGCCUAUGAGCGGCAGAUACCACCCAGAGCCAUCAUCAACAGUGCAGGCUACAAGAUCCUCACCUCCAUAGACCAGUACCUGGAGCUUGUUGGCAACUCCCUACCAGGGACCACGUCAAAAUCAGGCUCCGCCCCCAUCCUCAAGUGCCCCACGCAGUUCCCGCUCAUCCUCUGGCAUCCUUAUGCCCGUCACUACUACUUCUGCAUGAUGACGGAAGCCGAGCAGGACAAGUGGCAGGCUGUGCUGCAGGACUGUGUCCGACACUGCAACAACGGGAUCCCCGAGGACUCCAAGGUGGAGGGCCCUGCAUUCACGGAUGCCAUCCGCAUGUACCGCCAGUCUAAGGAGCUCUACGGCACCUGGGAGAUGCUCUGUGGAAAUGAGGUGCAGAUCCUGAGCAACCUGGUGAUGGAGGAGCUGGGGCCCGCCCUGAAGGUGGAGCUGGGCCCACGGCUGAAGGGAAAGCCACAGGAGCGGCAGCGACAGUGGAUCCAGAUCUCAGAUGCUGUGUACCGCCUGGUGUUCGAGCAGACCAAGGCGCGCUUCGAGGAGGCGCUGUCCAAGCUGCAGCUGACGCGGCCGGCCAUGGAGGCCGUUAUCCGCACUGACAUGGACCAGAUUGUCACCUCCAAGGAGCACCUGGCCAGCAAGAUCCGAGCCUUCAUCCUCCCCAAGGCAGAGGUGUGUGUGCGGAACCACGUCCAGCCCUACAUCCCGUCCAUCCUGGAAGCUUUGAUGGUGCCCACCAGCCAGGGCUUCACUGAGGUGCGGGAUGUCUUCUUCAAGGAGGUCACCGACAUGAACCUGAACGUGAUUAACGAGGGUGGCAUUGACAAGCUAGGCGAGUACAUGGAGAAGCUGUCCCAGUUGGCGUACCACCCUCUGAAGAUGCAGAGCUGCUAUGAGAAAAUGGAGCCACUGCGUCUCGAUGGGCUGCAGCAGCGCUUUGAUGUGUCCAGCACGUCCGUGUUCAAGCAGCGAGCCCAGAUCCACAUGCGGGAGCAAAUGGACAAUGCCGUGUACACCUUCGAGACCCUCCUGCACCAGGAACUGGGGAAGGGGCCCACCAGGGAGGAGCUGUGCAAGUCCAUCCAGCGGAUCCUGGAGCGGGUGCUGAAGAAGUACGACUAUGACAGCAGCUCCGUGAGGAAGAGGUUCUUCCGGGAGGCGCUGCUGCAGAUCACCAUCCCCUUCCUGCUCAAGAAGCUGGCCCCCACCUGUAAGUCGGAGCUGCCACGCUUCCAGGAGCUGAUCUUUGAAGACUUCGCCAGGUUCAUCCUGGUGGAGAACACCUAUGAGGAGGUGGUGCUGCAGACCGUCAUGAAGGACAUCCUGCAGGCUGUGAAGGAGGCCGCCGUGCAGCGCAAACACAACCUCUACCGGGACAGCAUGGUUCUCCACAACAGCGACCCCAACCUGCACCUGCUCGCUGAGGGCUCGCCCAUUGACUGGGGUGAACAGUACGGCGACAGGGGUGAUGGGGACAGUGGUGGCAGCCCCGGCCCCUGCACCCCUGAGGCAGCCACCCUCUCAGAGAAGCGCCGGCGUGCCAAGCAGGUGAUGUCCGUGGUCCAGGAUGAGGAAGCGGGGCUGCCCUUCGAGGCUGGCCCCGAGCCGCCAUCCCCUGCGUCCCCAGACAGUGUCACUGAGCUCCGAGGCCUCCUGGCCCAAGAUCUGCGGGCUGAGAGCCCCCCACCAGCCAGUCCUCUGCUCAAUGGGGUCCCUGCCCAGGAGAGCCCCCAGACCAUGGCAGACCCCAAGGCUUCUUCACCACCAGCCUCGCCCCUCCAGCAUCUCCCACCUGGAAAGGCUGUGGACCUUGAGCCCCCAAAGCCUAGUGACCAGGAGACCGGGGAGCAGGUGUCCAGCCCCAGCGACCGACCCCCCAUUCACACCACCACCGAGGACAGCGCCGGGGUGCAGACGGAGUUCUAGGCUGGUUGCCAGGGGCUUCUGUGGGACAGUACCGGCCUCUCCUCCAAGGCACUGUGGGCCUGGCUCUGGGGAAGGGCACUUCAGCCUGUACCUUGGGGGAGGUGGGUAUGGAACCUCCAGGGAUCGGGCCCACCUGAGUCACUUUAUGGGGUUCAGUAUCUGUUAUUGCUCCCCGUUUUCUCUUCUGUGGGCUGGUCUUGGAUGCAGGGUCUGGUCUUGAGGUUUUCUUCCUUAUUCAGGGGCCCAAGGAGCCCUUCCAUCCUGCCCUCCUACUGUUACCUCUGUUUCCCUCAUGGUGGAUCUUACUGUCCUCAGAGGGAGGGAGAUGGAAGCAUCAAGCGUUGGUGCUGUGCCUCGAAGCCUGGCAGGGGCUCCUUGGCACCUGAACGGGGAGGAAGAUGACAAACACUAAGGCCGUCUCUGUCCUGGCCCAUCUCCACCGGCCCCAAGGCUGCAUUCUCGGUGAACACGCCUCGCUUUCCUAGCUGAAGCUGCAGGAGAGGGAUGGGGAAGGGAUAGAGGCCUUGGGGGUGGAAUGAGAAAGGCCCGGAAUGUGCUGGUCUGUGGAAGGAAGUGUCCUGAGAGGAGGAAGGAGCUGACCGCUGGGGAGAAGCUGGGAGGUGGGGAGUGUCCAGGGCCAGGAUGGCAAAGUGAGAGUGGCUGGAAGCUGAAACAGGACAUGGGGUUCUGGGCUGGCAGCUGCCCUGGGGGAGCGCUGACCUUUCCUGCACUUUCAAGGUACUCACUGCCUACCAGGGAGCUGGAGGGGCUCCUGAGGGUCAGCGAGGGCCAUGGCUCUCUGAGACACCAUGGGGGGAGGAGGGUCAGGCCAUGCCUGGCAUCUGAAUCUUAAGUCACCUAACCUGAGAGCUUCGGGCCCCUCUUCAAAAUCGAUGUGUGUCACUUUAGGUUUGGCCUUUAUCCCUUCCUCCUGGGCAAGAGGUCAAGCCAAGGCUGCCCCACCUUGGGCCUACAGAUUCCCUCCAUGUUGCUGGCGGGGAGGGGCGGGUAGGCAAGGCAGAAACUCUCUUUUGAAGACACACAGAGUGAGGUUCCCACCUGGCCAGGCACCCUGCUCCCUGGACCUGCUCUGCAGGCAGGAGCCUUUGAUCCACAGGUCACGCUGGUCCUCCAGCCCACUCAAUCCUCACUAAUCUCUUACGACUCUCUAGUGCCUUGGGGGUUUUGAUCAUCCUUCCAGAUAUGGUAUUGAGAAUGAAUACUAUGCAAACUGUUUAAGCUUCUGCUAAUCAAUAAAUGCUUUAUUUAAA